UCCCAAGUGCUGGGAUUAAAGGCGUGCACCACCACCGCCCGGCCCAAAUGCCCACUUCUUGAUGUAUCCUCCCCAGUCCUACGCAUCCCUUCCCAGGUGCCCCCUGUCCUAAAUGGUAUCUUCCCGUAGAGCUGCUUAGCCCUUACCCUCCCUCCCCUUCUCCACCUAUGUCUGGAUAAGGUGGUGGGGGCUCUUCUGAGGAUGGGAGCAGUUUGGCCUUUCUGAUAGCUCCUGUGACUUCACAAAGUACCGCUACUGCUUUACUGAGACCCCAGGGCUUUCUUCUUCCUGGGGUUGCCCUGCUCCGCUGGGCCUCCUGCUCCUCUGCACUUUCAUGGUCUGUAUUAUAGUGCCUUUAGUUUUCCGUGUUUGAUUGUACAAGCCCUGACUCCUUUUGGUUACAUUUUAUUGUUAUGCAAUAACAAUAGUUAGAUUGAGACUUUGGGAGGUCAGGGGUUUUUAUUUGGGGUAAGCAGAAUUUGUUGUGUCCAACUCUCAGGUGCAGAGUGGCUUACAGAGAGUCUUCAUAAAGGAGUGGAGUGAUUGCCAGUGUUUUAGAAAGGUGGGAAGCUCACAGAUUCUAGCGAGACUACGUGGCUCGUUCAGAACACAGUGACUAAUUCCUCCAACCUCCCACCCCCCUCGUGCAUCUCAUUUGACUAGGAUAGGUUGAAGCGACCCAUGCAGGAAGUGACUUGUCCCACUUUGCAGGAAGUGGUAGGGUGGCGACUGGGAUUUAUUGCCUACUUACUUAGGGCAGGGAGUGUUAGCUGGAGUAUUGACCAAACAUGGCUGGAAUCCACCAGCCUGUGCUGUGGGCUUGCCUUUUGGAGUGAAGAAAGCCCUCCUUUCUUAGGCUGCUUUGACAGGUAGCUUGGGAAGAGACCCUCUAGCUCAGCAGCUGGAGAGAUGGCGUUCGUGAAGAGUGGAUGGUUACUUCGGCAGAGCACCAUUCUGAAACGCUGGAAGAAGAAUUGGUUCGACCUGUGGUCAGACGGUCACCUGAUCUACUACGAUGAUCAGACUCGGCAGAGCAUAGAGGAUAAGGUCCACAUGCCCGUGGACUGCAUCAAUAUCCGCACGGGGCAUGAGUGCCGGGACAUCCAGCCUCCAGAUGGGAAGCCCAGAGACUGUCUGCUGCAGAUCGUUUGCCGAGACGGGAAGACCAUCAGUCUCUGUGCAGAGAGCACAGACGAUUGCCUGGCAUGGAAGUUUACACUGCAGGAUUCCAGAACAAACACAGCUUACGUUGGUUCAGCAAUCCUGUCUGAAGAGACUGCAGUGGCCGCGUCCCCGCCUCCCUACGCAGCCUAUGCUACACCAACCCCUGAGGUCUACGGCUAUGGUCCAUACAGCGGCGCAUACCCCGCAGGAACUCAAGUUGUCUAUGCCGCCAACGGGCAGGCAUAUGCAGUGCCAUACCAGUACCCGUAUGCAGGAGUUUAUGGACAACAGCCUGCCAACCAAGUCAUCAUCCGCGAGCGGUACCGAGACAAUGACAGUGACCUGGCUCUGGGCAUGCUCGCCGGGGCAGCCACCGGCAUGGCCCUGGGCUCUCUGUUCUGGGUCUUCUAGAGCCUUCAACAUUUUCUGUGCAUAGCUUCUGUUAGUCCUGUGUGCAGUAAUUUGAUUUGCAGGGCAUUUCUGUUUGUGACAAGUGUCUUUCAUAAUAAUUUAAAUAGUUCUUUUGAAGGUGGUAAUCUAAUAAUUGUGACUGACCUGCAUGGUACCACAAAGAAAGCCCGAGGUAUGCUGUGAGUGAGAGCCUGAGUCCUUCCGGGUACUAGCUUGCACCAAGUCUUUCUUAGGGACUUUUGGAUGGCUUUAUGUAAACACACCCAGUUAAAUGGGCAAUUUCCGUCCAGUUAGGUGCAGUGUUGAAUUAAGGGAUGGCUUUCCUUGCUAUGCCAAUACUAAUACUGCUGAUGGAGGAAGAUGUGUGCAAGUGUGGUGAGGAGAGUCACAGCUUCUUUAACUGUGGAUUCUCUUCUAGACCCCUGCUGCGUGUUACCCUAGGAGCUGUGGGCUGGUGGCUCCUGCAAGACUAUGGUGUGAGGACCCUGUAACGUACCUCUUGGAGCACUUAGGUACCCCUUGAAGCUCCUAGGUAUCACCAGCAGGAUUGGCUGCUCAGGAUGCAGAGGGCCACCCCCUCCCUUUAAAAAUUACGCUCCAGUAAUCUGCCCAGUUUUAUUUUCUUGUUAUUCUUCUGUUUGCUUUUCCUGGGGAUGAUUGGCAUUAGUCUGGAGUUAGGAAUUGAUUCGAGUGCCGGUGGGUGGAGGCAUGCAGGGAGCUGCCCAGCGACCUGCUCUCAGUGUUUGUUUUAGGUAUAUUGAUUGCCAGCUCAGGCUGCAGAGAGCCUAUAGAGACUAUUUUUCUACUUGUAAAGAAAGUAUGGUGAGGGGAAUUGAGGAGAGCCUUGUUUGAAUGUUCCUGCCUCAGGCCUCCUGGGGCCCACACUGCGUGGUCCUGGGGAGGCUUUUCCUCAGCAGUGGAAGGGAGGCCCCGUGGCUGUCCAGAGUCUCAGGUUUUGAGUGAGAAAUGGGAUUGGGUAGAGCAUCUCAGGGAUUUGUUCUAAUCCCUCAUGUUAUGGGGAUCCAGCCGUGUUCUCAGUCCAGACCCGCUCACCUCAGAAGAGCUUAAAACAUUUCUGGUCCCCAAAUGUGUGGCACUCUGAGAAGCUCACAAUCUGGCUUUCUAACGAAAAUUUGUAUUUCUAAAAUUAGAGAAUACAUGUUCCACGCAUUUAAAAUUUAUGUUCUUUCAUGUUUUAAAGCUCCCAAAUCCAGCUUUGUGACUGGCAUAUUUUAGUUUCAAACAGUACCCCGGCACAAAGGUGGGAUGGCACAGUGAAGGCCCCCCGCCCUCUACUUUGCAUAGUCUUGUUUCUCCAGGGUGCUCCCAGGAAGCAUUCAUUCUGACUUUGCUCAGCCCAGUGCAUGCGUGCUGCCUUGCCGCCGUGCUGCUGGGUAGCUCUUUCUUGGUCAGAUCAAGUCUUCAACAGAUCUCCAUGUGAGACAGUUGCCAAGUAGAUGAGGUGGUGCCCAUAGUGCUUUCUCGAUACUCCUUGGGGACCUGUUGACACCUGCCCAUUUCCAGCUGACAUUUGUUUUUCUGUCAUCUCUGAUAGAUGGGAUAUGUGACAACAUGGUACGGACGCCGUUCAGUGUCGCUUUAAUAAGCAUGAUGCUGAUUUUACAUCCUGUGCUGUAUGACUGCCAUUUGCUCACAGUGUCACCAUUGCUAAAGCUCCGUGCUUUACUUACAAAACACUAAAACCAGUGGUUAGUGUUUCACAGUGAUUUUAAUUUUAGAGUUAGUUACUGGCAUUCCUAAAGCCAUAGAGUACUGAGUCACAUCCCUGAAGUACUUUUGAAACAGAAUUGUCUCCUACUGUCCCAUGGGUGUGCCCUGCCUGUCUCCUGGCCCCAAUGGGGCUAGCUGUACCAGGCAGCCAUAGUUGAGCCUGAUCAUUCCUGUCACCAGUUUGACUUGAUUAUAUACCCAGAAUGGAAUACAUUCUUGGGCAUCUCAGUUCCUCAGCCCUGAUCCUCAUAGACGCCACCCUUUCGAUGGCUUUUGCGGCGUCACUUGUACCUCAGUGAGUCCUGCGAUUCUUGAGUUAGAGGGAACGACUUGUCCAGCAUUGAGGAACAUGUCUCCUCCACUGAGACUUAAAUGAUGAUGCAGGGCUGGAAGAGGCUGGCUGCUGACACUGCAUCGUGGCUGAUGUCAUUGCUCUCCUAGUUCUUUGAUUUAAGAACCUUUCAUAUGGAAGGCCUGAGGCUCCCUCAGAUCGUCCCUUGCCAAGAAGGCCUGGCUUAGGUCAUUAGUGCCCACAGUAGCCUUCUGGAGUGUAGCAAGUUCCUGCGUUUGAGACAGAAUGGUUCAGAUUUAUUUUCUACAUCUGUUGUUGACCCCAUGCACCCUCUCAUUUUGCCUUCCAGUCUACGUAGAUGAAAGAUGAAAGGCAGAGGAUGCAGACAGUCUUCUUUGUGAUUGCUUCUGUUAUUCUGUUGCAUCUACCGAGCCCGUUUUCUCCCUGUCUGUGCAUACAGUAUGUUUAUAAGUGAACUUGUUAAAAUAUUAAAUGAUCACUAACCUUAAACCGUG